AAAAACUUAAGUACACCCUUAUUACUUCCAUAGGAAUUAAGAGGGUUAGUAGUAGCUAGGUGCUGCUUAUCAAAUGCAUGAUUGCAUGAGUUUUUGGCAGUUUGCUGGUCCGGAGCAUUCAGGUGUGUGUUAACACAAUGCCGCAAUUUUUCCAGGAUCUCUCUGAAAGCUAAAGCUUGGCCCGAACUGGGUCAUGCUGCAGGACAAUGAUCUCAAGUAUAGCAGCAGCAUCGACAACAGAAUGUUUGAAAAAGAAAAGAAUCAAGGUGCUGUGGUGGCCCAGUUAAAGCCCAGACCUUGGCCUGACUGAAGUGCUGUGGGGGGACCUCCACCACCUCCAAAAUUCCUCUACAAUGAAUGAUGUUUCAGUGUGGCCCACCUCAAUAAAAAUGGCAGGAGUUCCUGGAGUGAGAGCCCUCCUCACUGUGCAGCGAUCGGUGACAUUGCAGCACAGCUUUUUUGGCUUCAUUCCAGUACAUUUUGCAUCAGCCUGCUUCCCCAGAAGGCUUUACAGUACUUCGACAGGAAGUACUGAAACAAAGCCGCCGGUAAACCCGGAGAAUGAAUCUCUGCUCGAGAACUUGAACCUCAUGGGAGUUGAUGUGAGGAUGGCUCGCCAGCGUCAGCCUGGGGUGCUUCGUAAAACCUUCACUAAUGAGCACGGCCUUGCUCAGUUCCUGCAAGGAAAAGGUGCCAGCCGCAAAGUCAUUGCUAGCAUAAUAUCCCGUUAUCCCCGAGCCAUCACUCGCUCCAUUGAACACUUGGAACAACGCUGGCAGCUGUGGAGAAACAUCUUCCAGACAGACGCAGAAAUCGUAAGCAUCCUGGAUCGCUCACCUGAGUCGUUUUUCCGCUCCAGUGAUAACGACAACUUGGAGAAGAACAUAGAUUAUCUGGUCUCACUGGGACUAAAUGCCAAAGACCUCCACCGGCUGCUGACCACAGCACCGCGGACAUUCUCCAACAGCUUGGAGCUCAACAAGCAAAUGGUGGAGUUUCUGGAAGAUAUCUGCACAGAGCUCGGUGGAAGUAACCCAGAGCAGUUUGCAAAAAUGGUCAUAACAAGAAAUCUUUACAUUCUAAUCAGAAGCACUAAGAGAGUCAAGACAAACAUCGACAACCUGAAAGCAUCACUUAAGUUGAGUGAUUCAGAACUGCUGGCUCUUCUUCAAGGCCACGGGGCAGAAAUUCUGGACCUUUCCAACGAGUACCUGAAAAAGAAUUUCAACAGCCUGGAGCAGAAGAUGACUGUACUUGGCUGUCGGAAAGCUGAUGUUAAAAAACUGAUCAUCAACUAUCCGAUGAUUCUCUACAUUGGGCCUGACACUCUGAGCUCUAAACUAGACUGUCUUUUAAAAGGAGGAAUAACAAUGAAGCAGAUACUGGAAAAGCCCAAAGUUUUGGACUACAGCACACAAAACAUUACAGGGCGCCUAGAGGAACUGAGAAGGGUGGGCUAUGACUUCCAGAAGAAUGGCAUCAACAUCCUCGAUUCAAGUCGAAAGCGGUUUGCCGCAAAGAUAGAAAAACUUUCUGCCUCACCAGAAGAAUGAGUGUAGCUUGCUGCCUGUCAGACAGUGUUGGCUGAUACUUAUCUAAACAUUGUGCCUGUGAUAUUCUUCUAGUCUCACAAAAGUAAUUAAAGCAGUAAAAAUCAUAAGCUGAAGGUCUGGGGACCUGUAAUUACAUUUGAAGCUAAUGAGUGAAAGGAAAUUGUCAGUGGAUUACCUCCUUAUGUAAUGUUUCAGGUGUUUUAAUCCAUCAAUACAUAAAUAUGCUGUCUUGAAAUAAAAAAAA